AUGGUACCCGGAAAACACAACAAUUCUCAAAAGUCAAGUGAAGAAAAUUGUAAUCAAUCCAAGAGAGUUUGUGAAGAAAGCCCUUCUGUUAGCAGAUCGUAUGAUUGCACUUUCUGCAAGCGGGGUUUCACCAAUGCGCAGGCACUAGGAGGGCAUAUGAAUAUACACAGGAAAGAUAGAGCCAAGAACAAGAAGAAAAAUCUUGACCAAUCUUCAAUGAAUUCUGCAGGGUAUUUUCCUGCAGUUUCAUCAGAGGAUCCGCGGCAAAAAACUAUAUAUUAUACUGGUAUGGGGGCAGAAGUGAGAUUUCAAGUCUAUUUGCCGUCGUCAAACCCUUACACCACAAAUGAAAUUAAUCAUUUGGCAUCAUCGAACCCUAAUGAUUUGUCUUCUGUUUGGAGGCCACAGCGUUUUACUUUGCACGAUGAUCAUUUGGAUGCGAAUCUGAGUCUGAGGAUUGGCCCCGCCGUUGUUGAAGAUGGACAAGGAAGGAACGAAAAUGAAGUGGAUUUGGAGCUUCGAUUGGGUCAUGACCCGUAG